AUGGGUAACAGUUACGGAGGAGGAAGCAGAUUUGGAGGCGACUCCAAAAGAAGAGAUUUCUCAUCAGGUGAUAGAAAAGAAAACGGAAGAUUCGGCGGACAGGGCGGAAUGCGAAGAGGCGGCUUUGGAGAGACAGUAAAGGACAACGGUCCAGUGGAGUUUGACAAAGAGUUCUACGUAGAGCACGCAGAGCAGUCCAAGCUCACACAGGAGGAGGUAGAUGCGCUGAGACAGGACGCAGAGAUGACCAUCACAGGAGACAACAUCCCAAAGCCAUGCAUGAACUUUGAGCACUUUGGAUUCCCUGCAAGCAUUCUGAAGGAGUUCAAGAGCGCAGGAUACACAGCACCCACCCCCAUCCAGGCACAGGGAUGGCCCAUGGCUCUGAGCGGAAGAGACAUGGUGGGAGUGGCAAACACCGGGUCUGGAAAGACCCUUUCCUUCAUUCUCCCUGCGAUGAUCCACGCAAAGGCACAGAAGGCCCUCAGGCCAGGCGAUGGCCCCAUCGUUUUGGUCCUUGCCCCCACAAGAGAGCUCGUAUCGCAGAUAGAAGAGGAGGCGUGCAAAUACGCCAAGUUCUUCGGGCUUAGAACCGUGUCUGUAUACGGAGGAGUCCCCUCUGGGCCACAGAAGGGCGCCAUCAGAAGAGGAGCAGAGAUUCUCAUCGCCACCCCAGGGCGUCUCAUCGAUCUGUACGACCAGAAGGCCGUGUUCAUGAGCAGAGUCUCGUUCCUUGUCCUUGACGAGGCAGACAGAAUGCUGGACAUGGGAUUCGAGCCACAGCUCAAGAGAAUCAUCCCAGAGACAAACCCCAACAGACAGACACUCAUGUGGAGCGCCACAUGGCCCAAAGAGGUUAAGUCGCUGGCAAGAAACUACAUGACAGACUACAUCCAGGUGAAGAUCGGAUCUGCAGAGCUCGUGGCUAACAUCAAGAUCACGCAGAAGACACACAUCGUGGACCACUGGGAGAAAGACAAGGUGCUCUCAGACGUGCUCACAGAGGUCGCAGGGGACGAGAAGCAGAACCCAAAGAUCAUCAUUUUCUGCAACCAGAAGAGAAGAUGCGAUGACCUCGUGGACAAGAUGCAGGAGUACGGGUGGCCCGCAGAGGCCCUCCACGGAGACAAGGCACAGAACCAGAGAGACAGAAUCAUCCAGGACUUCAAGGCAGGGAAGAGAAGCAUCCUCGUAGCAACAGAUGUGGCUGCCAGAGGACUUGACGUGAAGGACGUUAAGGCUGUGAUCAACUACGACUUCCCCACUAACUGCGAAGACUACAUCCACAGAAUAGGAAGAACAGCCAGAGGAAACUCAGAGAAGGGUCUUUCCCUUACCUUCUUCUCGCCCAAGGACGACAGGGCUAACGCACGGAAGUACAUGGAGAUCCUGAGAGACUCCAACCAGGAGAUACCCUCAGAGCUCAGCGCCAUUGCAGCCCGCGGAGGGAGCAGCGGAGGAAGCAGCUACGGCGGAGGAAAUAGAAGAUUCGGAGGAAACGGCGGAUCAUCCCGAGGCGGAAGAAGAUGGUAG